GUCACUCGGGUUUCUGCACGUGUUUUUCUUUUCGAGAUUUCGGCCGCGUGUUUAGCAUCGUUCUUCAUAUUUCCUCGAAAGUUGUGUUAAAAAGUGCAAGUACAGCAACUAAAUAUGGGCAAGCCAGGUUUUAGUCCACGCGGUGGUGGCGGCGGCGGCGGAGGCGGUGGUGGAUUCCGUGGCCGCGGCGGCGGCGGCGACCGCGGAGGUGGCGGUGGAUUCCGUGGACGCGGUGGCGGCGACCGUGGUGGAGACCGCGGCGGACGAGGAGGAUUUGGAGGACGCGGCGGCGGCGGUGGCCGUGGUGGUGGCGGCGGACGCGGAGGUGGUGGCUUCGGCGGACGAGGCGGCGGUGGCGGACGUGGUCGUGGUGGCGGCGGAGGACGUGGAGGUGGCGGACGUGGAGGCGGCGCCGGAGGCUUCAAGGGCGGCAAAACAGUCACCAUUGAAGCGCAUCGUCACGAGGGCGUGUUCAUUGCCCGCGGCAAGGAGGAUGCCCUGGUCACCAGGAACUUUGUGCCCGGAUCGGAAGUAUACGGCGAGAAGCGCAUCUCUGUCGAGACCAAUGGCGAGAAGAUUGAGUACCGUGUGUGGAAUCCCUUCCGAUCCAAGCUGGCCGCUGCCAUUCUGGGCGGCGUUGAGCAGAUUCAUAUGCCGCCGGGCUCCAAAGUCCUGUAUCUGGGCGGUGCUUCCGGAACGACAGUCUCCCAUGUGUCUGACGUUGUGGGCCCCGAGGGUCUCGUCUAUGCCGUGGAGUUCUCUCACCGUUCCGGUCGCGAUCUGAUCAACGUGGCCAAAAAGCGCACCAAUAUCAUACCCAUCAUUGAGGACGCUCGACAUCCCCACAAGUACCGCAUGCUGGUCGGCAUGGUGGACACGAUUUUCGCCGACGUUGCCCAGCCGGAUCAGGGACGUAUUGUGGCGUUGAAUGCCCAGCACUUCCUGAAGAACGGCGGACACUUUGUCAUCUCGAUCAAGGCCUCCUGCAUUGACUCGACGGCGCAACCUGAAGCUGUCUUUGCCGCCGAGGUGAAGAAAAUGCAGGCGGACAAGCUGAAGCCGCAGGAGCAGCUCACGCUGGAGCCUUAUGAAAGAGACCACGCCGUCGUUGUCGGCGUCUACCGACCACCGCCCAAGCAGUAAGCAUCUGUCUGGUGCCGGGUUCUAGUUUUAAGGCUAUUGUACUAAUACAGACGUGUUGUAUUAAGUUUCUUUUUAAAUAUAAAACCGUAGUUGUAAAGAUAAAUCAAAAUGCAAACUAUUUUUGUAGCAAAGACGUACAAAAAAUAACCCAGAAACCCAAAGUAAUUGAAUCGGGGAGUGUUCACAGGUUUUUAAUUGUUGCCAAAUAAAGGAAAUUACUAUAAUUAAGUUCAUUGCCUUAAAGCUUAA